ACCGCCUACAAAACCCAAAAAAAAACAUGUUCAUUCUCAACAGAAUCAUUGCCUCUCCCAAACGAUGGAGCAGAAACAAAUCCCAACAGCAGCAACAACUGCGCAGAUAUGCAUUCUUUUUCUUCUCACUCUUUCUCCUUUCUCUCCUCUUUUUCUUCUUCCUCACUUCCACUUCCUUUCCCAAAUCCGUCUUCUCAACCUCUUCCAAAACCAUAAACAUAGCCCUAUCCCUCCAAUACCCACAUUGCAAAACUCAAAUUCAGGGGGAGAAAUUCUUGUGGUAUGCGCCUCAUAGUGGGUUUAGCAACCAGCUUUCUGAGUUCAAAAAUGCAAUUUUAAUUGCUAGUAUUUUGAACCGUACCUUGAUUGUCCCUCCGAUCCUUGAUCACCAUGCCGUGGCUCUUGGUAGCUGCCCCAAGUUUAGGGUUCAGAGUCCUAAAGAGAUCCGGGUUUCCGUUUGGGAUCAUGUCAUUAAGCUCAUUACAACUGGGAGGUAUGUCUCCAUGGCUGAUAUCAUUGAUAUUCAUUCACUACUGUCCUCUUCACUUGUUCGGGCCAUAGAUUUCAGGGUUUUUGUGUCAUUGUGGUGUGGUUUGAACAUUGAUUUGGCUUGCUCCAGUGAAUUGAAUGCACGAUUGUCUCUGGUUGAUAGCCUUAAGCAAUGUGGCUCUCUGCUAUCUGGGAUUGAUGGUAAUAUAGAUAGAUGUUUGUUUGCUGUAGAUGAAGAUUGUAGAACAACAGUUUGGACGUAUCAAAAUGAUGAAGUGGAUGGGGCACUAGAUUCAUUCCAACCUGAUGAACAACUCAAGAAGAAAAAGAAAUUUUCGUUUGUUAGAAGACGUAGAGAUGUAUGUAAGGCUCUUGGGCCUGGUAGUGAAGCUGCAUCAGCCACUGUUCUGGCAUUUGGAAGCCUUUUCACAGCCUCAUAUAAAGGUACAGAGCUCUAUAUUGAUAUCCAAAAAGCAACAGGAGAUCCAAGGAUAAAAUCUUUAAUUAAAAAGAUUGAAUUCCUUCCAUUUGUCCCUGAAAUUAUAAACUCAGGAAAGCAGUUUGCUGCUCAGACCAUAAAGGCUCCUUUUCUCUGUGCACAGCUUAGGCUGCUAGAUGGGCAGUUCAAGAACCACUGGAAAGCUACUUUUUUGGGUUUAAAACAAAAAUUAGAUUCAUUAAGACAGGCAGGUUCUCGACCAAUACAUAUUUUUGUGGUGACUGAUCUCCCUCAAGGUAAUUGGACUGAUAUUUACUUGGGUGAUUUGGCUAGCGAUUCAGUGAAUUUUAAGCUGUAUUUUCUGAGAGAAGAAGAUCUAUUGGUGACGAAUACGGCAAAGAAACUUUCUCUUGCAAGACAUGGCCUGAGGUUUGAAUCUGCUCCUGCAAGCAUGAAUGGAGUGGCCAAGCUGGAGAAGCAUUGCUCUCCUGAUAAAUUACCUGAUGUACUCCUAUAUAUAGAGGAAACAGUUUGUAGUUGUGCUUCACUUGGUUUUGUUGGGACUGCUGGUUCAACAAUAGCAGAGAGUAUUGGGGUUAUGAGAAAAUUUGGUUUAUGUUCCAGCCGAACUCAGAGUGCAUUGUGACAUAUACUCAUUUAUAACCUACUUGAUAGAAUUUCACCGGUUCAGUUCUUGAGAGGCAUGUCUAUAUUCGUGCUUUUGAUCUCCACUGCUUAACAAAGUGUUUCAGUCAGACAGACACAAGGACUAUUCUGCGAUCAAGCUCGUUUCUUAUAUUUCUAGAUGAUCCAACUGAUAUGCCAUAUUGCCACUUACGGAGCUUUUGUUCAAUGAGCACCGGGUCUCGGAAGAAUUUGGGUUUCACCCACUGCUGCACAGAGCAUUGAAGCUAGUCAAGGUUGUUAUUUGUCAAAAGAAAACUUUCAUUAGUGCCAAAAGCAAAAAUGGUUAUAAUCGUUAACAUGAAAUUGAUGAAAUAUGAAUUGGAAGAUGGAUGAUCCAUUAUGUUUUAUAUAUAUGGUACAGCGGCUAACUUCCCCAUUUAUUUAGUUCAUUUUCAUACCUAAGGGACUGUAGUCCUGCUCUGCCCAUGCUUCUCAUUCUUUGGAUAGAAUCGGUUUCAAGACAACCCAUAAUUGUGCUUCCCCCACUCCCACCUAAAAUGAACCAUCCAUUAUCAUUCGUUGUCCCUUUGUCACAUGUCUAUGAAAUU